AUGUUGCUAUUUUUAGCCCUACCUAUCAUCUUUCUUUACCUCUAUUACAAGUUACAUUAUCGUCGAUUCCGCAAAUAUGCAAACUUUCCUCAGCUGAAAUCAUCCCUCGUCUGGGGGCAUCUCCAAACCCUUCGCAAGGUCCAUAAAGAUCGAGACCGCGUUGAUGGAGACAUUGAUCCGGUCUUUGGCGACCUCAUGGAGCAAGCCGGCAACCCUCCGGUUUUAUUCAUUGACUUUUGGCCACUGAACGAACCCAUGCUCCUGAUCAGAAACCAUGACGUAGCCGAGCAGGUUUCGAAGCAAUCCCAGCUAUGGCCUUACAGCCUACCGAAGUCGCCUUCGUUCAAGGAAUAUCUGCCGCUCGUUGGCGACCAUUCGUUGAUUUGGGAAUCUGGUGAUCACUGGAAGACAUUGCGCAAACUCUUCAAUCCUGGCUUUGCGCCCAAGCAUUUGAUGACUUUGUUGUCGGUCGUCCUCGACAAAACAAAGAUCUUCGUGCAGAUUUUAGACGAGGAUGCGGCCAAGGCAGAUGUGUUUGAUUUGUCCUCCCCCUGUACUAACCUCACGUUCGAUAUAAUCGGAGCUGUGACUAUGGAUGAAGAUCUCCACGCCCAAGAUCCGGACGUACUCCAGAAUGACUUCAUCCAAAAUUACAAACGGUUUGCCGCGACGUACCGUGACGAUGGUUCUCCAUCAUUAUUGCCUUCUUUCAGUGUACGCUGGGAGCGACGACGGCUUGGACAGGCCUUGGAUACCUUUCUCGGGGACGUUGUUCGACGGAAAUUCGAUCUCUACAAAGCAGACAGUAACACGACAAGUCGCAUUGUCCUCGCCCUCAGCCUGAAAGACAUCAAUGUCCUCACUCAACCCAUUAUGGACGACAUCAUUAGCGCAUUAAAGACGUUCCUGUUCGCUGGGCACGACACGACAAGCAUUUUGUUACAAUGGGCCUUGUAUGAGCUUUCAAGCAAUCCGCAAAUACUUGCGCGCAUGCGGAACGAACUAGAUCGGGUUUUCGGCCAGAGUGCUGAUCUAGAUCGUGUCCUUGAAAUGAUUUAUAAAGGCGGAGAAGAGGUCGUUGGUCAGCUGAAGUACACGUCUGCGGUCAUAAAGGAGGUUUUGCGGUUGCAUCCUCCAGCUGCGACAGCGAGAUACUCCCCUCCAGCAACCGGAUUCCACUUGGUUUUACCUGAUGGUAGCCGUGUUUGCGCCGACGACUUGAUGUUAUACAACUGCAACUACUUGAUCCAUCGAGACCCGCAGGUCUACGGGGAAACAAAGGAUGAUUUCGUCCCGGAAAGAUGGCUUGAUGCGUCAGCUACCGAUCCCCAAGCCAGUGCCAAAUUUGAAAACGGUCACAUCCCCCCCUCAUCUUGGAGGCCAUUUGAGAGGGGACCACGGAAUUGCAUCGGGCAGGAAUUAGCCAAUAUUGAGGCCAAGGUGAUUCUUGUUGUUCUUGUCGGCCGAUACGACUUCGUUAAGCAAGGACUGGGCAGUCCUAUUCUUGGAGUAAAUGGCGAUCCAUUGCUGGACGCGAAAGGAAGGCACAUCACUGAGUCGGAUGUCUACAAUAGUUAG